UCUAACAAAAGAUUAAGCUUUAAUCACAUAACAUAUAUCAUAGUUUUCAUGAGCAAAAAUUUGAGCUCGGUCUCAUGAAAACUGCAAAACUAUCAUCAACUGUAAAUGAAUGCACAGAACAUUUGCUCCAUUCUUCCCUUUCCAAAUCAUUAUUAUCUGCAACAAAUCUAAAACAUCUCCACAAACUACACUCUCUAAUCAUAACAUCAGGCUUUGAAAAAAAGUCUGUUUUUUUCAGUGGCAAUCUCAUAAGCAAAUAUGCCAAAUUUAGAGACCCACAUUCUUCUCUUUUAAUCUUCCAACAAUUCUCACCCAAAACUAAUGUUUAUCAAUGGAAUUCAAUAAUUAGAGCACUUACCCACAAUGGGAUGUACUCAAAAGCUCUUGACUUUUACUCCAAAAUGAGAGAAUUUAACAUUAGACCUGAUACUUAUACUUUCCCAUCUGUGAUAAAUGCUUGUGCUGCAUUAGGGGAUUUUGGGAUUGGUAUUAUGGUUCAUGAGCAUGUUAUGGAGAUGGGGUUUGGUUUUGAUUUGUAUAUUGGGAAUGCUUUAGUGGACAUGUAUGCUAGGUUCGGGGACUUGAUUAAUGCGCGUAAGGUGUUUGAUGAAAUGUCUCAGAGAGAUAUUGUUUCUUGGAAUAGCUUGAUUUCAGGGUUUAGUGCUAAUGGGUAUUGGGUGGAGGCUUUAGAAGUUUAUUACCAGUUGAGAAUGGAUGGGCUGAGAUUUGAUUGUUUUACGAUUUCGAGCGUCUUGCCUGCUUGUGGAGGGGUGCUUGCUGUUAAAGAGGGUGAGGUGGUCCAUGGGUUGGUGGAGAAGUUUGGGUUUAAUGGUGAUGUUAUUGUAAGCAAUGGACUUCUUUCUAUGUAUUUCAAAUUUGAUAGAUUAAUGGAUGCUCAAAGAGUUUUUGAUAAGAUGGUUGUUAAGGAUACUGUGAGUUGGAACACUUUGAUUUGUGGAUAUUAUCAGAUGGGAUUGUUGGAAGAGUCGUUUCAUUUAUUCAUGGAGAUGGUGAGUAGAUUUACACCUGAUUUAUUAACUAUAACUUCUGUUCUUCGAGCUUGUGGUCUCUUAAGGGACUUGGCCUGUACUAAAUUUGUGCAUGAUUACCUAAUAAGUAGUGGUAUUGAAUGUGAUAUAACAGCAAGUAAUAUUAUUAUUGAUACGUAUGUGAAGUGCGGUGAUUUAGUAGCCUCGAGGAAAGUGUUUGAAACAAUGAAAUGUAGGGAUACUGUAACAUGGAAUACAUUGGUUAAUGGUUAUCUUCAGAGCGGAAGCUAUGUUGAAGGGGUGAAGCUCUUUAAGAAAAUGAAGAUGGACUUGGAACCAGAUUCUAUAACCUUCGUGGCACUCUUAUCUAUCUCUACUCGGUUGGUUGACAUAGAAUUGGGAAAAGGAAUCCACUGUGAUUUAAUUAAAUUAGGGUUUGAGUCAGGUUUGGUUGUUGGUAAUGCUUUAAUUGAUUUGUAUGCUAAAUGUGGAAAAAUAGAUGACUCCCUUAAAAUUUUUGAGAACAUGAAAGUCCGUGACAUAGUAACAUGGAAUACCAUUAUUGCAUCAUGUGUCCAAGCUGAAGAUUGUAGUUUGGCAUUUAGAAUGAUUAAUCAAAUGAGAAGUGAGGAAUUGACGCCAGACAUGGGAACUUUGUUAGGUAUACUGCCAAUUUGUUCCUUAAUUGCUGCCAAAAGGCAAGGGAAGGAGGUUCAUGCUUGCACUUUCAAGUUUGGAUUUGAGUCAACUGUUCCAGUUGGGAAUGCAUUAAUAGAAAUGUACUCUAAAUGCGGCAAUUUGAAGUACUGCGUCAGAGUAUUUGAGCAUAUGAAGGCAAAGGAUGUGGUGACAUGGACUGCAUUGAUCUCUGCAUACGGUAUGUACGGUGAAGGAAAGAACGCUUUGAGAGCAUUUGAGGAGAUGGAGGCAGCUGGUAUCAUUCCUGAUUAUAUCGCUUUUGUUUCUGUCAUCUAUGCUUGUAGCCAUUCGGGUUUAGUAGAAGAAGGCCUGGCGUGCUUUGAGCGCAUGAAGGAUUAUAGCAUUGAGCCAAGGAUUGAGCACUAUGCUUGUGUAGUUGAUCUUCUGUCACGAUCUGGGCAGUUAUCUAAAGCAGAACAGUUUAUCGGUUCAAUGCCACUAAAGCCAGAUGCUAGCAUAUGGGGAUCCUUACUCAGUGCUUGUCGAGCAAGUACAGAUCUAAAGAUUGCAGAACGCAUUGCAGAGCAUAUUCUUCAACUGCAUUCUGAUGAUCCUGGAUAUUAUAUUUUAGUGUCAAAUGUUUAUGCAGCUUUAGGGAGGUGGGAUGAGGUCAGAAAUAUACGCAAAUGCUUAAAAAACAGAGGACUGAAGAAAGAUCCCGGAUGCAGUUGGAUUGAAAUUAAAAACAGGGUUUACAGUUUCGGGGCUGGUGACAAGUUCUAUAAACAGUAUGAAGAAGUAAAUAAGUAUUUAGAGGAACUUGCUGAUCAGAUGGCCAAAGAAGGUUAUGUAGCUGAUUUGAAAUUUGCUAUGCAUGAUGUCGAGGAUGAUGAAAAGAGAGGGUUACUUUCUGGCCACAGCGAAAGGCUUGCUAUAGCAUUUGGAUUGUUAAAUACAGAACCCGGAACCCCCUUACAAGUAUUAAAAAAUCUCCGUGUUUGUGGGGAUUGUCAUACUUGGACCAAGUACAUCUCAAAGAUUGUAAAACGAGAAAUACUUGUCAGAGAUGCCAAUCGAUUUCAUAUGUUUCAAGAUGGGGCAUGUAGCUGUGAAGAUCAUUGGUGAUGCAUUUGUUCAUAUUUACAUAUUUUUCUGUGCCCGUCUCAAGUUUAGAGAUGGAUAUGUAUGUCCAAUAUUAUCAACCAACAGAUGCACUAGCUAGGAAGGUGGAGCAUGUGCAAGUUAGCUUGUGAAAAAGACAAGAUGUGGAUCUAUAAGCCAAAGGGUGGAUUAAUGGAGAGAAUUUAGCAUGGGUAAACCUCUCUGGCGAUAAGGCCCUAAAUCUGGCAACAAGUGGAGCAUACACAAAACAGCCAAAUAUUGAUUAAGUUAAUCCGGUUGAGCUAUAACAUCUGAUGGUUCAAGAUCUUUGGCAGUGCAGUAUGUUUUGUUACUGAAAUGGAUGUCCAAUGGUGAUGUUAGAAUGUUAAGAUUGACCGAACUUGUUUCAAUUUUCCUUGAGGUGAUGGUUGAUAUGAGGACUUCAACAACACGACAGGUUAUGCUUGGCCUACAGAAGUUGAACAGAGCAUCCAGACUAUAAAUUGAUUGCAAUAUUUCAAGACAUGCUUGGUGGUUGGUGAAAUACACUUGUCAUCUUGUGUUCUGCUCUUGAAAGUUGCUGCUUAAACAACUGACCACUGUGGUUUCCUUGCAGGCUUUUCCAAUUCAGGAUUUGAGAGGAUUUUUGAGGGUGCCAUUCAGAAGAGUUGGCUUUUCCUAUUCAGGAUUUGAGAGGAUUUUUGGGGGUGCCAUUCAGAAGAGUUGGCUUUUCCAAUUCAGGAUUUGAGAGGAUUUUUGGGGUUGCCAUUCAGAAGAGUUGGAAAUGCCCAGAACUCGUUCACUUUGUAGGUCGAGCUGGGAAAUAAGCACGGAACUUGACGACCAGUUUGUCAUGAGGAGGUAUCAAGUUGGAAAGCCAGCCAAGUGCAAUAUCAAGAUAUCCAAUGCUGUCUCCACCAAAGAAUUUCUUUCCAAUUAGUUCUUCCUCCAAGAAUUUCAG